AUGACUGAGGCCAGUAUUUCAGUAGCUCAGGACCAGUUCAUGUGUCCAGUGUGUCUGGAUCUCCUGAAGGAUCCGGUGACUAUCCUCUGUGGUCACAGUUUCUGUAAGGUGUGUAUUAAUGGCUGCUGGGAUCAGGAGGAUCAGAAGGGCGUCUACAGCUGUCCUCAGUGCAGAGACACUUUCACUACAAGGCCUGUUCUACGCAGAAACAACAUGCUGGAUGAAGUGGUGGAGAAACUGAAGAAGACUGAAGUCCAAGCUGCUUCUCCUGCUCACUGUUACGCUGGACCUGGAGAUGUGGAGUGUGAUUUCUGCACCGGGAGAAAACACAAAGCCGUCAAGUCCUGUCUGAUGUGUUUGGCUUCUUAUUGUGAAAUUCAUCUGAAACCUCAUCUUGAAGUUCCUGCUUUGAAAAAACACACAUUAAUUGAAGCCUCAGCAAAACUCCAAGAGAAGAUCUGCUCUGAACAUAACAAGCUGAUUGAGAUCUACUGUCGUACUGAUCAAACCUGCAUCUGUUAUUUGUGUACGAUGGAAAAUCACAAAGGUCACGACACCGUCACAGCCGCAGCAGAAAGAGCUGAGAAACAGAGUGAGUUAAAGGAGGAGCAGAUGAAAUCCCAGCAGAGAAUCCAGGAGAAGCAGAAGAAGGUGCAGGAGCUGAAACAGGCUGUGAACACUAUAAAGCUCAGUGCACAGACAGCAGUGGAGGACAGUGAGAGGAUCUUUACUGAGCUGAUCAGCUCCAUGGAGAAAAAGCGCUGGGAGGUGACGGAGCUGAUCAGAGAUCAGGAGAAGGCUGAACUGAGUCGAGCUGAACGACUCCUGGAGCAACUGGAGCAGGAGAUUGCUGAUCUUCAGAGGAGAGUCACUGAGCUGGAGCAGCUUUCACACACACACGAUCACAUCCAUUUCCUCCAGGUUUUAGCUUCUGGACGUCGCUCUCCUCCAUUUCAAAGACCAUCAUUUCACACAUCCAGCGUCACUGUCCAUCAACAUCUCUCAUUUGAUGGAGUGAGGAAUUCUCUCUCAGAUCUGAAAAAGAGACUCGAGGAAUUCUGUGAGGAGGAAUUCAACAAAAUCCCUCCACAUGCUGCAGCAGUUCAGAUCAUUUCAGGACCACAGAGCAGAGAAGAGUUUCUGAAAUAUUUCUGUUAUCUGACUCUGGAUCCCAACACGGCACAUCGUCGCCUCAUUCUGUCUGAGAAGAACAGAGCGGUGAGAUGGAGUGAGAGAGAGCAGCGUUACUCUGAUCAUCCAGAGAGAUUUGAUUACUGGCCUCAGGUGUUGUGUAAGGAGAGUGUGUGUGGACGCUGUUACUGGGAGGUGGAGUGGAGCGGUGCUGCUGUGGACAUAUCAGUCUCAUAUAAAGACAUCAGCAGGAAAGGACAGGGUGAUGAGUGUUGGUUUGGAGGCAACAAAUCCUGGAGUCUGUGGUGUUCUUCUUCUCUCUCUUUCUGGCACAACAACAUAGAGACUGAUCUCAGAGUUCCAUCAGCCUCCAGAAUAGGAGUGUAUGUGGAUCACAGUGCAGGAACUCUGUCCUUCUACAGCGUCUCUGACACGAUGAAGCUCCUCCACAGAGUCCACACCACAUUCACUCAGACUCUAUACGCUGGGUUUGGGCUCUCCUGGUUUCCUGGUUCUACAGUGAGAUUGUGUGAUCCAGAAUAAAAGUGUGGAAUGUUUUCUGUAAAAUUCCUGCACGUUGCCACGUUGUUGCUCAGUCGUCUGUUUCACUAGAACAUAAUCCAGCUGCACAAAAACACUCAUUUUAAUAUUUAAAUUAAAACAGAUGAAUAAUUUUAAAUAAUUAAAAAGGAAAUGUUAAAAAUUAA